AUGGCGGCGGAAGAUACAUGUCCCGUGCCAGGCGCCGCGUCCAACGGCGCAGCAUCCGCGCCCCCAUCAGCAUGUCCGGACACUUUAGGGGAGCCAGCUGGCGCUCGUGCGCCGUAUGAUUGCGGCGUACGCCUAAGCGCGCCGAGCAGCUUGGCGGCGCAGCAGGGCGGGCGCGAGGCGGGGGGAAACGAGGAGGCGGUGACGGCGGGGUCGGUGCACCGUGCUAUCGUGCGACACGCGCACUGCUCGCUCGCGUGCGGCGAUCGCGACAACCUGUCGCCGUUCGACGUUUACCGCGCGGCUGCGAUGAGCGUGCGAGACCACCUGAUCGCGCGGAUGGAUGCGACGGAACGCGCGUACGACGACGCGGGGUGCAAGCGGGUGUACUAUCUAUCAAUGGAGUACCUUAUAGGGCGGAUGCUGCAGCUGGCCGUCACAUGCCUCGGCCUCGAUGAGCAGUACAGCGCAGCACUGCAGCAGCUGGGGGUGAGCAUGGAGGAGGCGGCAGAGGAGGAGCGCGACCCCGCGCUGGGCAAUGGCGGGCUGGGCCGCCUUGCUGCAUGCUUCCUCGACUCCCUCACCACUCUCAACCUCCCCGCCUGGGGCUACGGAGUGCGGUACCGCUACGGCAUGUUUGAGCAGAGGGUGGCGGCAUUGAGGCAGCAGGAGGCGCCGGACGCAUGGCUGCACCCCUGGGGGUGCCCUUGGGAGAUUCCCCGCCCCCACGUGCGCCACCGCGUGCACUUCUUUGGCCACGUGGCGGUGCGUGUGGAGGGUAUGCGCACGCGGUACCGGUGGGAGGGCGGCGAGCAGGUGGAGGCAGUGGCGAGUGACAUCCCCGUACCGGGCUUUAAGACCGGCAACGUCAACCGCCUCCGCCUCUGGCGCUGCGAGCCACUCUCGGGCGGCUUCGACUUGUCCUUAUUCAACGCGGGGCGGCACGUGGAGGCGGUGGGCGGCGCAGCGAGGGCGGAGGCGAUUAGUGCGGUGCUGUACCCCGAGGACAGUAGCGAGGCGGGCCGGCAGCUGCGCCUGCAGCAGGAGUACUUCUUUGUGUCCGCCACGCUGCAGGACAUACUAUCACGGCAUGUGGCGGCAGGUCGCCCCUUAUCAUCCCUGCCCGAGGCAGCAGCAGUGCAGCUGAACGACACGCACCCAGCGCUGGCAGUACCAGAGGCCAUGCGGCUGCUGCUGGACGAGCACGGGCUGGAGUGGGGUGAUGCAUGGCAUGCCACCGUGGCGCUGCUGGCCUUCACCAACCACACUGUGCUGCCUGAGGCGCUGGAGCGCUGGCCCGUGCCUCUGCUGCAGACCGUGCUGCCGAGGGUGAUGGAUCUGAUCUUCGAGAUUAACCACCGCCACCUGCAGGAGGUGGAGGCGAGGUGCAUGGGGGAGGGGCAGCGCAUGGCACGGCUGUCGAUCAUCGAGGAGAGUCACCCCAAGAUGGUGCGCAUGGCCGUGCUGGCAGCCGUUGGAUCGCACGCCAUCAAUGGUGUAGCGGAGCUGCACUCCACGCUGCUGCGCACGCAGCUCUUCCCCGACUUUGUCGACCUCUUCCCCACCCGCUUCCACAACAAGACAAACGGCGUCACCCCGCGCCGCUGGCUGCUGCUCGCGAACCCGCGGCUCUCACAGGUGAUCACCAAGUGGUUGGGCUCAGACGAGUGGGUGCGCGACCUCUCCCUCAUCCAGGGCUUGCGAGCACAUGCCAACUCGCCCGCCCUGCAUGCUGACUGGACCGCUGCCAAGGCCGCCAACAAGGAGCGCCUCGCGCUGUACAUCCGCAAGACGUGUGGCGUGCAGGUGGAGAGCAGUGCGCUGUUUGACUGCCAUGCGAAGCGCAUCCACGAGUACAAGCGGCAGCUGCUCAACAUCCUGGCAGUCAUUCACCGCUACAACAGCAUCAAGUGCAGCAGCUUUGAGGAGAGGGCGCGCAUGGUGCCACGGGUGGUGGUCAUUGCUGGCAAGGCGGCUCCGGGCUACUUCCGGGCCAAAUGCGUCAUCCACCUCAUCAACGCGGUGGCGCAGAGGGUGAACAGCGAUGCUGACAUCAGUGGGCUGCUCAAAGUGGUCUUCCUCCCCAACUACAGUGUCUCGCUCGCUCAGCUGAUAGUGCCAGCGAGUGACAUAUCGCAGCACAUAUCAACGGCGGGCAUGGAGGCAUCGGGCACGGGCAACAUGAAGUUCGCCCUCAACGGGGGGCUGCUGCUGGGCACCAUGGACGGAGCCACCAUUGAGAUCGCCAACGCCAUUGGGCGUGAGAACGUCUUUGUGUUCGGUGCGCUGGCGCACGAGACGCACUCGUUGCGCCACUCGCUGCGCUUCCGCCAACCCAUCCACGACGACCGCCUCAUUCAGGUGGUGCGCACGAUCGAGGCGGGGGUGUUUGGGCCGGCGGACGACUUUCGGCCACUGCUGGAGUCGCUGGGUGGCGGCAAUGAUUACUUCCUGCUCUCCCACGACUGGCCUUCCUACCUCGACGCCCAGCAUUCAGUGGACACGCUCUUCCUCAAUCCCACUGAGUGGUGCCGCCGCUCCAUUAUAGCAGCAUCGAUGAUGGGCCGAUUCAGCAGUGACCGCACCAUUGCCGAAUACGCACGUGACAUCUGGCACCUCCAGGUACAUUUAGUAGCGGGAGUUCCGCGUGCAAUGUGGCCCGACUGCUACCCUCCCCGGCACGGCUUUCACAACGGCGCUGCCGGCGCCGCGUCAGGCCCGCAUGGCCCGUACGGUCGAAUUCAGAACGGACACUCGUUCCACGCACCCAGACAGCAGCAGCAACAGCAGCAACAACAACAGCAGUUACAGCAACAGCAGCAGCAGCAGCAGCAGCAGCAGCAGCAGCAGCAGGUGUCGGGAUUAUCUAACGGUCAGUUGCAGGCGUCGUUCGGAUGCCAGUCCGCCCCAACCUCUCCGUCCAAGCCGCCGCCCUUCGCGAGGCGAGCAGGCAGCGCCGACGCCGGCUCGAUAGCGUCCGACGCGGGCACUGCGUACGCUGAGAGUUCCGCGUCGGGCGACGACGACGGGAGUGCGGGGUGGAGCAUGGCGGCCGAGGAGGGCAAGUCGAACGACGCAUUCCACGUCAUCCACAAGCUGGUGGACAAGGACCCGGUGCGCGCGAUCGCGCUGUUCUGGUCGGCGAUCAACGCGGGCGACCGCGUGGACAGCGCGCUCAAGGACAUGGCGAUCGUGAUGAAGCAGCAGAACCGCCCCGAGGAGGCCAUCGAGGCCAUCCGCUCGCUGCGCCACAAGUGCUCCGAGGUGGCGCAGGAGUCGCUCGACAACGUGCUGCUCGACCUCUUCAAGCGCUGCGGGCGCCUCGACGACCAGGUGGCGCUGCUCAAGCACAAGCUCGACAUGAUCCGCCAGGGCGUCGCGUUCAACGGCAAGCGCACCAAGACGGCGCGCUCCCAGGGGAAGAAGUUCCAGGUGUCGAUUGAGCAGGAGGCGACGCGGCUGUUGGGGAAUCUGGGGUGGGCGUACAUGCAGCAGGGGAACUAUGUCGCUGCGGAGUCGGUGUAUCGGAAGGCGCUGCGCGUGGAGGCGGAUAGCAACAAGGUGUGCAACCUCGGCAUCUGCCUCAUGAAGCAGGCCCGCAUCGUCGAGGCGCGUGAGCUGCUCGAAUCCGUGUCGCCCAACAGCGACCCGCGUUGGGGAUCCGAGUCGCACAUAAAGGUGAGCUUAAGAUGCCUCUCGUCUCUCGCAUUGCUCAUCGAGUUUCGUUUCUCGCCCUCCACCCGUCCACCCGUCUUGCAUUCUGUCUCAACGCUCGUUUCCAACCUUACUUUGUCCCUUCCUCGCCACGUGCCGCCAUGGCAGUCGUACGAGCGCGCGCAGAGCAUGCUCGUGGAGCUCGAGACGUCAGCAGCGGCGGCCGAAGCGGCCAAGGACGGCGCAGCUGCCAGCGCGGGCACCAGCGGCGGGGAGGACGCUAGCACCAGUGACACGGUCGGUAAAUCCGCCGCCUCCGCAUGCGCGCCGUCCGCAGCACCCAGCGGCGAUGGGGUAUCGUCCGACAAGCUCCCGCAAGUCAAGCCCGCGUUCCGCGGCAUUGGUGGCAUGGGCAUGGGCAUGGGCUUGGCGCGCAGCUCGUUCCAGCGGCACUCGUCGUACCUGUGCGAGUUCCUGGGCGCGCCCGAUAUGUGGGACUCUCUCAUGGCCGACGGCAGCGCCGCUGGGGGUAACGUAACUGCGGAAGGAGCGCCGGCAGCUCCGCAGGGCGCCGCUGGCGGCUCGUCGGGCAUCGUGGGCAUGCAGUCGCGGGGACCGCCGGAUGCUCCGCCGCCGCAGCAGCAGCAUCAGCAGCAGCGGCAACUGCAGGCUCCAAUGCAGUGCAUGCGGAGGCCGCCAGCGACCGGCGGAAUGGCGCGUACGAUGAGCAUGGGCGCGGGGUGCGGCAACCCGCUGGCGCGCUCCAUGAGCUUCGGCGGAGCGGAUGCACGCGGGGGGCUGUCGUGCCUCAAGCCCAACGCGCCCGAAUUCAUGCCCGGGUCGUUCGGCCCCAUUCCGCCUCCCCCCGGCCACGGCUCCGCUCCGCCCUUCAUGCACGGCGCUCCGCCCCCGCCUCCCCCUGGCGAUGGUCGCCGCACGCUCACCGCGUCCCGCUCGCUCCCCCCACUGCAGAUUCCCACGGCGGGAUUCGCGCUGGCGGCGGCGUCGCCAUCGCUCGUGUCGCCUCUGGGGCCCAUGUCGAGCGGCUCGCUCUCGUGCUCCUCGAGCUACGGCGCCACGUCGUGGGAUGACGGGUUGAUGUCAGCGUUCGAGAGUGACGACGACGUGCUCUGCGAAAUGCCCAACGACAGUUACCAGCCGUCUGCUGCGGCUAUCUCCGUUGCUGCGGGGGUCUGGGCAUCGCAGAAGCCGCCCACUUCGGCGCACCUCGCUGCCGCACUGCGCAAGGGCGGCGGAUUCCCCGCGCCCGGGCAGCGCGCGCUGUACAGGGGCACGGAGAAUGUUCCGCAGUACAUGGCGGGAGGCGCGCCCAUCGGCACGGGCGGGCCUGGCGCGCGGAGGCCUCUGGUGUUCGGGUGCGAGAACCCCGCGCCAAUGGCAUCUAAGGCGCAGAUGGUGGCGGGCGGGCUGAUGGGCGGAAGCAAUGUGGCCAUGCAGAUGGGCGCGGAGAUGGGCGCAGGCAUGGGCAUGACGACGGUCAUGGGCGAGCGCACGAACCUGGAGCCCCCCGCGCAGUUCAUGGGCGCAUGGGGUGCUGCGGCGCAGGGGAAGGGCGCGUGGGGCCCCGCAUGGGGGAUGGCUGGGGAGGGAGGAAGCAUGGUUGAGGGGGAUAAGGGGAAGGAUCAGCAACAGGCGUUGGCGGGGCAAGAGGUGGGGGGGACGGGAGUGAAGAGGAACCGAGUGCCGACCCCAGUGAAGGCCCCUGCUCCCAAGGGAGAGAGAGGGGGCGAGGCGGAGGGCGGAGACAUGAGUGCAGCGCAGGAGGGCGGGCCGGUGGUGCCGAGGGCGCUGUGGGAGAUGCUGGGGUUCACAGGUAGCCCGGACAAGCUGCUGCUGGAGGAACUCAAGGCCACCGACAGCGCCAAGAAGCUGCUCGCCUCCGCUGGGUCUGCUGACAGGCAGCAGGGCAGCGAGCGACGCGCGCUGUUUGCUGACAACGCUGAUACUGUGGCUGCAGUGGUAGGCGGUGCUGCUGCCACCACUCUGACCAGCCCCACUGCAGGCAGCUCCCAUGUGGAGGUCAAGAGGCCCCGCCGCCUCCGCAUCUUCCAGGAAAUGACAUACUGUGUUCGCCAACACCGAGACGAUUUCUCGCCGACAUUUCUUGAUGUCAUUCGACCCGCUCUCCUCAGCACGAAAGCCGGCAGCCCUGGCGACAAGGUGCUUCGGUUCUUCAAGACAUUCCUCGGCGUAUUGGUCGCAGAGGGAAGCGAGGGCGAACGGGAGAUGAUGGAGGAGCUGCUGUGCCUCUUCUCGCAGUACAGCGAGGCGCGCAGCAAGGCCGUGCGGGUCAACGUCACCAGAGUGCUCUCGGAGGUGCUGAAUUCGUUGCCCGGCAGCUUCAGUCUGUCAGCCGACGCCAUCGUGAUCAUCCGCGAGUUCUUGCAUUGCCGAAUGGACGACAAAAUCGCCGCCAUCCGCGCGUGGGCCGCCAGGGCGCUAAAGCGCAUGGUGACGUUCGAGGAGGACGGCGGAGUGGACGUGGACACAACCAUCGGGUUAUUCCGAGAGAAGAUGAAGACCGAGUCGAGCUCCGAGGUGCGCGAGGCGAUGGUGUGGUCGCUGCCGGAGUCCACGAGCACCAUUCCCGACAUUCUCGAGCGCACGGCGGACGUCAGCGAGCGGGUCAGAGCCGCCGCGUACAAGUCCUUCGCCGAGAGAUUCUUCCCCAUCGAAAGCUUCAGCAUCCGACAGCGAGUGCAGCUUCUGUCGCAGGGCCUGGGCGACCGGUCGUCGGCGGUGCGAUCGGCGUGCGUGGAGCUGCUGUGUCGCGCGUGGUUGUCGCGCGACUGCGAGGGCGACCUGGUGCGACUGCUGCGACACGUAGACGUGGAGAGCCACGAGGCGGUGGCGGAAACAGCGGUGCAGGAGGUCCUGCAGGCGCACAGCGCGGGGUGCGGCGACAUGGAGCUGGUCGUGCCUGAGGGGAGACUGCGUGCCGCUGUCAAGCAGAUGUCCACUCCUGGGAAAGGCAACGGCAAAUCUCACGUCUCUCCUCCUCUCGUGGUUCGUGCAGAGGGGUCGGAGGCGGCGGCAGCAUCGGCGCUGCUUACGGCGGAGGAGGCGCUCUUUUGGCGCAUGCUGUGCUUGCACCUCGCCGCGCAGGCCAAUGAGAGCGGAUCAAAUGCCGCAAUAUCAGCAGGCGCAGCAGCUGUGGUGGCGGCGGAGGCGGCGAGCGACCUGAACGCGCAGCUGGAGGCGCUGCUGCCAGCCACGGCGCAGGACUACCUGACACUGCUGGAAACGCACAUGCAAGCAGGGUCCGAGGGUCGGUUCGCCGCGCGGCAGCUGAUGCAGCUGGCGGCGGUGCUCGACUUCACCGACGCCACCAUCCGCGCGCACGCCGCCGCGCUCGUGCACCGCCACCUCGUCGGCGCGGAGGCGGCGCGCGCAGAAGCGGGGGAGGAGAGCGGCGAGGUGGAGGACGAGUGGGAGGAGAGCGUGGCGGACGGCAGGUGGGGCGAGGCUCUGCUGGGGCUGGCGCAGCGCGUGCACGCCUCGAAUGCUGACGUGCUCGCCGCUCUCGUGGACGCUCUGGCUGACGUCAGCAAGCCGCUGAUGACGGGAGUGGCGGGUGUGAACGGGGUGAGCGAGGGGCAGUGGCUGCGGUGCGUGGCGGCGACGCGCAUGGUGCUGCGGCUGUGCUGCAAGUCGGCAGGCGGCGGCGCGUUCAGGGCGUGGAGGAACCUGCGCGUGGAGCCGCAGGAGGCGCUCAACUGCAUCCUCGUCCCCGCGGUACGUGCGCGCGCUCGCUUCUUUCACUGCCUCACCCCGCUUGCUCUCAACAGGCCGGCGUCGCACCCGUCGCCGCUGGUGCGCGCGGAGGCCGUCGGCGCGCUGCACGCCUUCACCAUGCUGCACGCGCCGUCCGCGCGCGCCCACCUGCCUCUGCUGCACGCCGCCGCGCGCGAUUCCGCACACCCCGGCGUGCAGAUGGCGGCCGUGCGCGCCCUCGCGGACCUGCUGCUUUGGCACCGCCCCGCCGCGCUGCUGCCCGACAUCGCUGCGCCCGCUCUCAGCGACGACGGCGAGGGGAGUGCGGUGAGCGGAUGCAGUGGGGGGGGAGAGGCGCAUCGCACAGGAGGGGCGCGUGGAGGAAGGGGAGCGGAGGUGGCGGAGGGGAGCGUGGACGUGCUGGUGGGGCUGGUGCCGCUGGAGGGCGGGCAGGUGGACAUUGAGGCGGUGAGGGAGGACGUGCAGCGCGCAGGGCGACAGGCGGAGGGGGAGGAGGAGGGCGUGGUGGGCGUGGUGUGCGAGGGGCUGUGCAAGCUGCUGCUGGCGGACGCGAGCAGGAGCGUGGGGAAGGGCGCGGAGGGUGGGGCGGAGAGCAGGGUGGAGCGAGUGCUACAGGUGCUGGUGCAGGUGUAUCUGUGCCCGGGCGCCGCUGAAGACGAGCUGCCCAGGACACGCCAAAUGCUAGCGGAGCUGUUCAACCGCGUGGCCGUGCUGCCCGCCUGCAAGGUGGCAGCGUCGCGUUUACUGCUGCCAGUGUUGCGGCAGUUGUGGCCGCGCAAGGCGGCAGCAGCAGCGCGGCAGCCUGCAGUGCGUGCCUCGCAGCUGUUGCUCUCCCUCAUGCUCGCGCAUGGUGCCCACGGGGUCGUGCCGCCCAAGCAGAGAGGAGAGGGCGAGGGGGAGGGGGAAGGAGAGAGAGCGGAGGAGGGAGAGGAGGAGGGGGAGGGAAGAGCAGUAGGUGGUGGUGAUGGUGCGGGCGAGAAAAGUGGAGUGGGUGAGAGCAGCCGCGUGGAACAGCCAGCGGUGGGCUUCGAGUCUCUGGCUCUUGAUCUUGCUGCUGAGGUGGGUUCCCUUCCCACUCUGCUGCCCUCGUGUGCACCUCCGCCAACGGCCAUUCAGCCCUUGUAUAUCGCUCUCUCCAUAAACCCGCACUGCCGCACGCUCUGCUGUGAUGCUGAGCCCUGUGUGCUGUGCCACAAACGUGCUGUCUUGCACGCCUCAAUCACCCCACAUGUCAUGCUCUUUCCCCUUCCGCCCCAGAUCCUAUCCUCCCCACUGGCCACGUCAGGCAGUGCGAGUGGGAGGGCGUACAGUGCGCACUUGGUGCAGCUGCUAGUGGAGGUGCCGCUCAGAGCCUCCCAGCAGGACGACGUCAAAUGCCUGCGCUCGCUGCUCCCCAUGGUGGCGGAGGCAGUGCAGGGGCAGCGUGCGGCGCAGCGGCUGGUGGAGGGGCUGGCAGAGCGGCUGAGGGCGCUGGACGCCACUCCAGAUGAAGAGCUGCCUCUGGAGCGCCUGGAGCAGCUGCUGCAUCGCGUGGAUGGCGAUGCAGCAAGUGGGUCAGAGGCAGCGGGCAGUGGUGCAUCGGCCAUGGAGGGAGGCUCUCCUCCAGGCAGGAGGCGACGAGGCAAGCCGCUAGCGCCAGCCCGCCUCACCUCCCCCUUCUGCAGCCCCGACCCCGCCACACCGGUGCAGCGUUCUGCUCGCCCCUCACGGCAGUGCAAGGCAGUGGCAAACAGCCGCCUCAAGCAGCAGCUGGGAGGUCACAGCAGCGCCGGCAGACCUGCGGUCGGCGAGGCAGCAGUUGGGGAGAGUAAGGGAGUGGAUGCAGGGGAGGGGGUGGAGCAAGUGGGUAGGGAGGGACAGAGCACGGCAGCAGAUGUGCAGCCUGAGGCUCACAGCAGUGGGAGUGAGGAGGAGAGCGAGAGCAGUGAGAGUGAGGACUGCUGUGAGGAGGCGCAGGAGCAGCUGCAGCAGCAUGGUGGUGGUGGUGGCAGGGACGCGCCCAUCUCCAUCUCCACCGACUCUGACUCUCAAGAUGUGAUCGAGGUGGUGGAGGUGCUGCCGGGGGUGGCAGGCACACACAGCAAGCGCGUGCAGCCCAAGGAGGAGGCAGAGAGCAUAUCUGCGGAGGUGGAAGAGGUGUUGGAGGAUGAGAGUGUGUGCAUGGCAGCAGGGCUCCACGCUGACAGCCCCAGUGUGGGCCGCACAGCACCAAGGGAUGACGCCUCCCCUGCAGCACGGGGGGUGGAGGGCUCCCCUGCGGCGUCAGUGGGCAGUGACGCCACAUCCUUUGCAUCGGCUCUGAGUGACGACCUCCUCCUGCCCUCGGCCUUGCCUGCUGCCAUGCCCGCCAGGCGUGCCGGCGCCAGGCAGAGGCGCUUUGUGCUUGAUGACGGCAGUGAGAGUGAGAGCGAGGGUGAGGGUGAGGGUAAGGGUGAGAGUGUGAGUGGGAGUGAGGAUGGAAGUGAGAGUGAGAGUGAGAGCUGGGGUGAGAGUGGGGAUGGGAGUGAUGUGGAGAGUGGCAGCUGCACGAAGGGCACAAGCGCGGUGAGAGGACGGGCGGGGGCGCAGAGGGCAGGUGGGAUUGAGAAUGAGAAUGGGGCGGUGAGGGGAAAGGCGGGCAAGGGUGGUGGAGUGCCAGUGGGAGCGGAUAGGCGGCAGCCUCUGGCACGUCGCACCACCCAGUGA